GAUUUGUUUCGACGAUUGUGGAGUGGUCGAGCACGUUUUUACGACGGUGGGCGGUGCGGGCUCAGAAACGCUGGAUAUCUGCGACAACCAUUCAAGUGUAUUCAACAUCUUCUUCGUUGAUAGGAGCAUCACAGCGUACAUCUACGUAGAGUGGUAGUCUCUUCGAGUCCCGACGGUACCGAUUGACACGAUAGGAUCGUGCAAACGUAAUCAAAAAACCGAGCGCCAAAACAAUAGCACCCAAACUGUUUUUAGAAACUAGGCCCCUCAAGGCUGUUUUUCGGAUGACAUUGCACAUGAUAUAGACCUAUACUGAAUACGCCGACAAGUCUCUUUGGGUAUCUAGUCCAUCGUGCGCCAAUUAGCCAGCCCCCUCUCACGUAAACGGGUAUCCUUCAACACUGGGUACACAAGGCGGAAAGCAGCACACGACGUUGAAGACUGGUCUGCUUAUCCACUACGUGUUCCCGUCUCCAUUGCGCACACCGGCCUGAGCCUUCAGCAAAUUAGGGUGCCUGCGAACGGACAAACUUGUCUAUUCGCAGCAUACGUCGCUAGAUAACCGAACUUGAGCGGCCAUGUCUCUUUUGAAAAAACUUACAGGCUCGACAAAAGGAACCGGGGUUUUUAAUAAGAGUAACGCCGUUAGUCCUUCCGCAUCUCCUACGCUAAAAGGCGCCGACGCUACGUCAUCUCCUGCCGGGACUCCCAUCGUGAAGGAACCCUCGGUGAUAAAAUUGGACCCUCCAGCGCUUGGAAAAGAACCCUCUGCCAUGUCGAUUGUUGGAGGGCACCCGAUGCAACUUGAUCAUCAUCAGACACCUGGGCAUUCGAGGUCCGCGACUCACGAUGGUUCUGGUGUUUUACCAAUGGACAUUGACGCGUCCUCUGGACAUAAACCCACUGGGCAAAAGACGUGGUUAGAUGGCGGAACCUCAAGUGGGAUCACAAGUCCUCCUGCGGCUCUGACUCGCCCGCCGCAAUCGAUACCCAACGCCGGAGCGAGCUCCUCCGGCACUACUGGUGUCUCAACACUUCCCGCCGUGCCCGGUGCUAGCCCGACAACUCCAAACAGACGUAAGCAGAAGUUUUCUCUGCAAGAUUUCCAACUUGAUCGCACACUGGGAACUGGUUCGUUUGGACGGGUUCACCUGGUCCGCCUCAAAAGUACCGGGAAAUAUUACGCAAUGAAAGUGCUCAAAAAAGCAGAGAUUGUGAAAAUGAAGCAGGUUGAACACACCAUCAACGAGAAGAACAUUCUGGAGCAGAUUGACUUCCCGUUCUUGGUCAGUAUGCUAGGAACAUUCCAGGACUGCGCCAAUUUGUAUUUUGUCAUGGAGUACGUGCAGGGUGGAGAGCUUUUCUCAUACUUGCGUAGAUGUGGGCGCUUCCCAAACCAUGUUGCGCGGUUCUAUGCGGCAGAAGUUGUGAUGGCUUUUGAGCACCUUCACCAAAAGGAUAUCAUCUACCGAGAUUUGAAGCCAGAGAACUUGCUCAUCGAUGCAAGAGGGAACAUCAAAAUCACUGAUUUUGGAUUCGCAAAACAUGUGCCCGAUGUUACAUGGACGCUGUGUGGAACGCCAGACUACCUUGCUCCAGAAAUCAUUCAAUCGCGGGGUUAUGGUCGAGCAGUCGAUUGGUGGGCAUUGGGAAUUUUAAUUUAUGAGAUGCUCGCGGGCCACCCACCCUUCUACGACGAAGACCAUUUCAAGCUAUACGAGAAAAUUUUGGCUUGCAAGCCCAAAUUCCCGACUCACUUCGACCCAGCGGCGAAGGACCUUGUCAAACGGUUACUAUCGCCUGAUCUAACCAAACGCUACGGUAAUCUUCGAGGCGGCGUGAGUGACAUCAAGAGACAUAAAUGGUUCGCGGGAAUUGAUUGGGAGAAGCUUCGGAAUCUUCAGGUGCAAGCACCAUACAUCCCCCCGUUGAGGGGAGAAGGCGAUACGAGCAAUUUUGAUGCAUACCCGGAGGACCAUGAACCCUAUGGAGUAGUGUGUCCGGAUCCGUAUCGCGAGAAAUUUAGGGAAUUCUAGAGAAGUAAUGGGAUGUUGUACUCGGCUGAUGUCAGAAUGUGGGAACGUUGGUAGAAUCUGGAUUCAAUGGUGCUCUGCACCUCCCAAGUGGCGCCCAUUCAAAUUGUUACUUGACAGUUGUGGAUUCGCUGGUCAUUGUGUAGUUUGAAUUCAGUUUGAAUAACCACAUCUCUUUAGUUGCAAGCCAUUGUUGAAACUAUGGCAUGAACCAAACUUCUAAUCGGAUACUUUGAG